AUGCCUGACAAGCCUGCGACCGUAGUCGCUUAUGCGGCUGGUGCCUCUCUUGCUGCAAUCGCCGCCUUCUACGUCUUCGGUCCGACGUUUUUCAUCGAUAGCGAGAAUUCCCAUAACAGCCACGAUGGACGAAAGCGCACCAUCAUUGGCCUGUCCAACCCGGCCAACGACUGCUUCAUUAACUCCGUCCUCCAAGCUCUGGCGGGACUGGGUGAUCUCAGGCUCUAUUUAAUCAAGGAACUGCAUAGAAGACAGCUGGAAGGACCCGAGAUAUACGAUUCCGCCCCUCCGGUACUGCGAAAAGGUGAAAGAGCUGAAAAGGUGGUGAGUCUACAAAAGGGACCGGUGACCAAGGCAUUAAAGGAGAUGCUGGAUGCCUUAAACGAACGACCAAUAUACAAGAAGACUAUCAGCGCGAGACCGAUAAUAGAAGCCCUCGAGAAGGCGUUUCAGACACGAAUCAGUCGGAAUCAGCAGGAUGCCCAGGAAUUUCUACAGAUCGUCCUGGAACGACUUUGUGAUGAAUAUCAUGCGGCACAAAGAGCACGCCUGAGAUUUGCGAACCCGGACCGACCAGAAAUCCCGCCCGAGCCAGAAAGGAAACCUUCGGGCGUCAAUCCGCCCUUAAGCCAGGUCGUCGUCGGAACCAACGAUGGUUUUCCCUUUGAAGGACGGAUAGAGUCUCAAAUUCAGUGUCAGCGCUGUGGCUUCAAGACGAAACCCAGCGCCACUACUUUCGUUUCAUUGACCUUGAACGUGCCCCAGAAAAGUGCGACUUCUCUAGACCAUUGUUUUGACAUUCUCUUGAAGAGUGAGGAGAUUGAUGAUUUCAAAUGCGACAAGUGUCGCCUCAGACAUGCAUUGGAAUGGAAAAAUAAUAAAUUGAAAUCGGCAACGAUGGAAAAAGACCGGGCAGCCCUAGAAGAGGAUGUGGCCCGGAUCGAGCAGGCAAUUCGCGAAGACCCCGAAAAGGCCCCCGAAGGUGUGACGAUGCCUGACUCCAGCCUUGCUCCCACAUGCAAGAUUCGAAAAUCAACCCGGAUCACGGUGUUUCCCAAAGUGAUCGCAAUACACUUGUCCCGAUCAGUGUUUGACGCCGGGAGCUAUUCGACCAAAAAUAUGGCCAAGGUGUCAUACACCCAACGACUUCGCUUGGGAGGACUUUUAAAUGAGAAAUGGUACAAAUUGUUGGGCGUCGUUUGCCACAAAGGCAGCCAUCACAGCGGCCAUUACGAGUCUUUUCGGAGGAAUCAUUUAUAUCCUCCCUUCGCCACCCGAGAUCCUUUCAGCGCAUAUGCCCAUGCCAGUCGCAACCCCAGUACGGCGCCGUCCACCACCCCGAGUCCCAGCAUGGACGCUACACACGCCAAUGGCGCCAAUGGUGCCCUUGGGGCUUCUGAUGGACAAUCUAGCACUUCUUUGUCCACAACUUCACUGUCGACUGGCAAUAGCAGGCCCGAUUCGGAUGGGGUCGAUGGCACUCAACCACCGGCGGAAGAAGAAAAGGGAGCUACCAUGUCGCCUGUGCAGAGAACCGACACGCAAGCAUCAAAACCUCAGAUCCGAACGCAGGAAGCAACACCGGGCAAAUUUCGCCGACGAAAGAGAUCCCAUGAUCGUUGGUGGCGCAUCUCAGACGACAAGAUCAAAGAAGCACGUUUAUCCGAUGUCCUAUCCAUGCAACGCGAGGUAUAUCUGCUUUUCUACGAGCUGGAGCGGCCAGGCGACGAUGCUAUUGCUUGA